UUUUUUGGUUUCUUGUAGCUACUCAUUUACAUGCAAAAUAAUGCUGGGGAAACAAAGUUCAAAGUUUCUUACAGAAAUCUCUCAAUACCUCAUGAAGCCAAGCUUCCAACACCUUGUAUUUUUCUUGAUAAUCCAAACCUGUAUGUUUCUCUCCUCUCCCCUUUAAAAAUGAUAUUUUUUCACCCCCAGAAAAUACCAGAUUGUGAGAACUACUCUAAACGAAUGUGAGACAGAUGGACAGGAUGCGGAGGCCAGUGGUGCUGUUUAGUUUUUGUGAUAAAUCAAUAUUUACUAAAGUGUUUUCUGGCUUGGUGUUUUUAUUUAGGCUUUUACUUAGUAAAUACUGGUUGAGAUAGAAUAAUUUAGUUUAAGGUUAACAUCUGUAGUUAAUUUUCUGCACUGGAAAUCUUUGCUAGUAAUCUUAAAUCUAACUGACACUGUAUUUUACCGCGUAGUCAGUAACCAGAAAUGCUUUGUGGAACACAAAUCUUUCCUAAAAUACUCUAGUGCUUCCUAAAGUUGUGUAAUAAAGCAUCCACUAGACAGAUUUUUUUGGUAAGAGCUGGCAAAACAUCAUUUCCAAGCCAGACUCUUUAAUCGUCUGUUAAUAUGCUCUUACAACUGUAAUUGCAGCGGGCUUGACAACGUUACCGACAGUUUGCGUUGACGACGCUCGCGGGGUUGGUGCCUCGGCGGUGUUGGGCCGUGCUGGGGCAGCAGCCUCGCCUCUGCUUCUCCUCUCCACUGCUUCCAGCACGGCUUUGAGUUUGUCCUUCUCAUUCCUCUCGUUUCUUAUUUGUCCCUUUGGGGGAUUUCUCUGUUCUCUGUGUUACUGGUGAUGCCUGGGAAGACUGGGAAGCUGUUUUGUUCUUGUUGCAACCAAAGCCCUUUGCAAACGUGCAGUUUGGGUAGAGAGUAUUCAUUAAAGGUUAGUGACCUUCCAUUACCCGAUGCCUAGUGGGUAAGUAUCACUUACCAUGUCAGGAGGUGAUGGAUUUUGUCCGUUACGGUGGGAUUUCACUUUUUGGAACAACUGUGGACAGCCAGAUUCCCUACCUUGAAGACAGACACUUCACUAAAAUUGUUGUGAAGAGCACGCAUUUAAAGGUCUGUGCACUGGCGUGUGCAUUCUUGCUAUGAUUUUUUUUUUCCCUUCUUUUUUCAGUAACUUAAGCUUACAAAUAUACAGGUAUUAAGAAAGUUAAAAAUCUGGUGAAGACUAUACCCCGACGUCGUGCUGUAGCAGUAUUUUUAAAGUUAACACCGCUUGGUUUCCUCUGCCCCUGCUGCACAGCCACAACCCCUUUCAAAAGCCAUCUUUCCUCCCGUGAGGAAAUUCAAGGGAGCGGCUGCGUGCUUCCCAGAUGAAUUCCCAUUACCACCUUGUCCUCUGCUCUUCUGCCAAGGCCAACGUGUCCAUUUCAUAGCAGUUUUGGAAAACAGACACCCCAUUGCACCAGACUCCAGAUACCCUGAACUGUUCAGAUUGAAGCGAUUAAAGAUUUCGGCAGUGUGGAAUUUCAUUCCUACGCCUGUCCUUAUUCUUGACAGGCAGCCUGAUAGACAUCGCCUGGAUCAAAUUGGGUUCAUUUUUAUUAAACAAAUUGGCCCUAAUUUAAUGGUGGAGAUUUUAUUAAGCAGAACAUCGUGUAUACCUGUGAUCUGCAGCGUCUGUGCACCGACCAUCUGUGUUGGAUUGAGUUUAAAAGCAAGCUCGUUACGCCUAAGUGGAGCUGCAGACUUUAAACAGCGCAGAGGUUCGGAAUGCCCUCGCAGCUCCAGUGUCAAGCAAUACCUUUGGGGCUGGUUCUCUCUUCAGGUUAGUUCGAGAUGGCGGACCAGAGGCAACGUUCGCUCUCUACCUCUGGAGAGUCGUUGUACCACGUGCUGGGGUUAGACAAGAAUGCCACUUCAGAUGAUAUCAAAAAGUCAUACAGGAAACUUGCAUUGAAAUAUCAUCCUGAUAAAAACCCUGAUAAUCCAGAGGCAGCGGAAAAAUUUAAAGAGAUCAAUAAUGCACACGCAAUAUUGACCGAUGCCACAAAGCGAAACAUUUAUGAUAAGUACGGUUCUCUGGGUCUGUACGUAGCAGAACAGUUUGGUGAAGAAAAUGUGAACACGUACUUCGUGCUAUCCAGCUGGUGGGCAAAGGCCUUGUUUGUGUUCUGUGGGCUCAUCACAGGCUGCUAUUGCUGCUGCUGUCUGUGCUGCUGCUGUAAUUGUUGCUGUGGGAAGUGUAAACCCAAACCUCCCGAAGGUGAAGAGCAGGAAUACUACGUCUCGCCAGAGGACUUGGAGGCACAGUUGCAGUCAGACGAAAGGGAGGCCUCAGACGCACCGAUCGUGAUACAGCCAGCAUCAGCCACAGAGACGACCCAACUCACAGCUGACUCUCACCCCAGCUACCACACCGAUGGAUUUAAUUAAGUUAAGGAAAUACUGUAAUUAGAAUGGAUUAAAAAAAAAAACAAAACCAUGGCCAACUCAACACUAGAAUCAUGAACAUUAGAAGUAGAGAAUGGGGAGGGGGAAUAAUUCUGCCACAGUGAGAAGGCAGCUUUCCACCUGCCGAAAAUAUUUUGUAAUCCCUUCAGCCUUUUGUCACCUUUCAGUGUCGUAUCUUGAUGAUACGUGAAGUGCUGUAGCAUGCAGUAUUUAAAGCAGUUUAGCUACGGUCUUAUUUGUUUCUGGGUUUUGGGUUUGUUUUUUUUUCCCCCCCUCUGUUAUUUUUAUAGCAUGUAUGGAGUUACGUUACAUGUCUGUGGUGUGAUGUAUUGAGUUGUCACGAUGUCAGUGUGAUGGAGACAUUCUGCAUUUUAAGCAGUGGUACUGGCCUAAAAAUGAGAUCUAAAAAGAAAAAGUUUCACAGAAGCCACCAUUCUUCCAUACAGCUGAGCUGUUGAAGACCCUUAAAAGUUCAGGAUUUUCAUUUGAGUGCAACAAACCAAUUCUUUUAUUCCUCCUCCUAUUCCUCGUUGUUGUCUAAGCAAGUUUACAAAGCCAAGAACCAAAAAAAAGCCAGUCCUGCAGAGCUGGAAUUCUCUUUAAUGCUGGUUUUCAGCUUAAAUAAAUCUACCUUGAAACAUAAGAAGGGAGAGUUUCCACUCAUUGCACAGCAAAUUGAUGAACAGCUCUUCAAGUGAAGGGCGCUCUCCAGUGACAGUGUAGCCGCAAGCUGUAGUUUGUCACCAAACCUACUGUGAACGGGCUUGUUUGGUGGUGGCGCUGGGAUUGUAACUUCUGGCACAAUUCUGGUUUGGUUCGAGUUCAGUUGUUUUCCUGAAAUGCUAGAGACCAAAUAGUGCAGCUUUUUUUGGAUGCAUGAGAAUCUUAAAGUGAAACUGGCUAAUUGGUCUUCACUGAGCCAAGUGGGUAAACGCAGGCAGUAGGCAACAGGAUAAAUGUUUUAAAAAAAAAUAAAAUAAAAUUGGUUUUUAAAAAUUGUUCUAAUAAUCUGAGGUUCUAAUAGACAAAUGGGGUUUUACGUGUCUCUCUUGAAAGCUUUGAUAAUACACUAGCCCUUUAAUUUUCUCAUGACCAUCUUUGUGGAGCACCUAACUGGCUCGGUCAGGACACCGUUGUGUUUCUCUUGUAUAAUUUGCACAUUGUCUUGCAUUUAGACUUGUUUACGCCGGUGUUUCUCUUGUCCUCAGAACAGCUAUGGGGAGACCAUUGAAAGGUUUCCUGUAUAUUUUGAAACCAAAUCAUGUUUGAAUACCGUUCUAGAAACUGGUUUAUUGAGAUUUAACUGUUAAAAAAAAAAACCCCGGCGUUUGAGGCAGCUGCUGAAUCGCUGGUGUGUUUUGUUGUUAACAAUCUUGCUUUGGAUGAUAACGGAUCUAGAACAGCGACCAGAGAGCCAAGGCACUUUGGGCGGUGAAUUACAGCCUCUUUAAUUUUGAUCUUUGUGGUUUCAUAUCACAAUGCCUCUACUGUCCUCUGUAUCCCCCGUCUCCCCUUUUCAUUUUUCACCUAUUUCGGUCGAGAGGCUAUUUACAGCCUUCCCCCCGGUGUUUGCUUUGAAGGUCUUUCGUGCUGCUCUGUCACAAGAUCCAGGUGUUACUUUUGAACGGGGUGAAGCACUGUAAGAAAACCAUCAGAAAACGAAGGUGACUCUCCUGCUGGCGAACCGUUCCGAAUAUAUUUUUCACGUUACCUUUGCAUGAGCUGAAAAUGAUGGAGCACAUAAAAAAUCGGACGUGAAACCGCGUUAAACGUGCUGGGUAGGAGAAAAUGUCCUUAACGCGGGCGCAAUGCUGAGCGAGGGAUGUUUGCAAAACCAGGCUUCCCUGGAGCUGUUGGCACACGCCCGUGUUUGUGGCUGGCACGUGAGCUGGUUGCAAAUAAGCAUGCUUGUGAUGCCAGGUCAGGCCCCAAAAACUCAAUAAGAAACGUUACUUUUGAUGAACUGGCUAGGGUUCAGCGGUCGUUCCUUCCUCGUCGAUAAUCCUUAUAGACCUGAAACGUGGUGGUUCACUGGAAGAUACUUUUAACUUCUUCUGUCUGGAAAACUCUCUCGGGUGGCCUUGAGGACAGUCGUGUCAGAUCUGGCUUGAGGUCCUUAUUUAAUUAAAGUCUUUGCUUGACCCCUUGGAAUGAAAAGUAAUUUUUAGGCUUAAAAAAAUGUCACAUUGGCUGCCCUUGUAGAUUCUGCCUAGAGCCCGUUCUCGAUGUUGGAUUGCACGCUGGGAUAUGCUUGAAUAUCUGCAUUCCCCUAAAAACUCACUGGUUGAAAUUGGCUUUGUCUGUGCAAAUUAUGUUCUGGGUAAAAAAA